CCUCUACCAGCCAAUCAACUGCUCUCAACUGUCCAACUGCUCUUUCUACCGCUGCUACCAUGGUAGCCGGGCAAGACAACGAUCACCGGCAAGCGGCCCCACUACCCGACCCUUCUAUAGCGCCCCUAGGGCGUUUGCUCGAGCUCGAAAAGGCCCGCAUGGACAUAGCAAAGUCGAAGCUUGCGGACCUCAAGAUCAAGCUCACCGCACACAAGACUAGGGAAGAGGCUGCUCGGGCGCAUCUAGACUACCUCAUUGCAUCUACCUCCGCGUGCCAGGAGCUCUACAAGGCCGUCGAGGAGGACUACCAGCACGCCGCUCUGUGCACGGCCUUAGCUGAAGAAGCGGAGCCUGCCGAUCUCGCUCCCUCAGAGAUCUCGGAGGAGCUGAGCGCCGUCGGAGCAGAAGGCCACACUUCGGCGGCUCGGACGCGCAAAGAGCGAGGGAUACUGUCACAUAGCAGUGCCACCACGCCACGCGCUCCGGCAAAGCUAUCCCAAGCGCCACGCCCAUGGGCAUCGUUCAGACUGCAGGAUCACCAGUCCAAGGUCUCUCUUUGCACUUUCGUGCAUCCGAAGCCAUACGUUCCACUCUCCCCCUCUUUGGCUCCUUCCACGGUUCACGACUUCGACGGGCUGUCGUAG